UUGGAACUCGUUGGUGAACGCGCUGUGCGUUGCGUCCUGCUUGGGGAGGGGUGAGAAAAGAAGGUGGAGGCAGUUAGAUAGAUAAACCCAGACAACACCCUAAACCGGUUUAUAGUAUAUACCCAGCGACCGUACGUGAGCGAUGCAUCCAGGAUCAUGCGAAUGCAACGGAGCGCGCAGCGUUUCAUAGGCCGCAGAGCGCGUACCGGCGCAAAGCCAUGCGCUCAUCUUUGUUUGUUUUUCGCGUUUCCAAGCGAUGAUAAAGCGCGGUCGGGUCGCGUUUGACGAAGCCCAUAGAGCUUGGAUGUAGCUGAUUGGAGUAAGCAGCAGUCAGUGGGUGAUCACAGGGGUGGGGGAGAGACUCUCAAGUGGGCUUUCUGCGCGUGUGUGUGUGAGAUUCUCCAGCGGCCAUGUUAACCAAGAAACCCUGCGUUACUGCUGCCGUCUACCCGACUGGCAAAGGGGGUGAGAUCUGCCAGGUACAGUCUUCCCCUGGACUGGGUGCCGGGGGUCCCCGGGUUGGAGCAGGGACAGAGGCCACAUCACCCGUUACAUUACCCCCACUCAGGAACAACAACUUGCUUACGGCUGGAGGCAAUAAGCACACAAUGAACGACCAUCUCCACCAGCAGAUCCAUGUUCAACAGAUGUUUGAGGAGAACAGCAACAAGCGGACUGUGUUAACUGCACAACCCAAUGGGUUGACACCCGUGAGCAGGACGGGUUUGACCAUGCCGGAGAAACCGCAAGAUGGCACCCAGUGUCGACAAGGCAGCUCAACCUCAAUCAAAUCAACCGAAAGCAAACCCAAGCCUGCUCCUUUGACUGCAGAGCAGGCAAUGAAACAAAACAUGUCCAAGUUGACAGUGUUUGAACACCAAGAGAUCUUUAACUACUCUGAGAUCUAUUUUAUUGGUCCAAAUGCAAAAAAACGACAAGGCGUAGUCGGGGGUUCAAACAACGGAGGUUACGAUGACGAUCAGGGCUCCUAUAUACACGUGCCCCAUGACCAUAUAGCAUAUAGGUAUGAGGUACUAAAGGUCAUCGGAAAGGGCAGCUUUGGCCAGGUAGUGAAAGCGUAUGACCAUAAAAACCACCAGCAGGUGGCGCUCAAAAUGGUGCGCAACGAGAAGCGAUUCCACCGGCAGGCGGCCGAGGAAAUUCGUAUCCUGGAGCACUUGCGAAAACAGGAUAAGGACUCGACGAUGAAUGUCAUCCACAUGCUGGAGAACUUUACAUUCCGCAACCAUAUCUGCAUGACGUUCGAGUUGCUCAGCAUGAACCUCUAUGAGCUCAUCAAGAAAAACAAGUUUCAGGGCUUUAGUUUGCCACUGGUGCGCAAGUUUGCACACUCCAUAUUGCAGUGUCUGGACUCAUUGCACAAGAACAGAAUCAUUCACUGCGACCUCAAGCCGGAGAAUAUCCUCUUGAAGCAGCAAGGACGCAGCGGGAUAAAGGUGAUCGACUUCGGCUCCAGCUGCUAUGAGCAUCAACGGGUCUACACUUACAUCCAGUCGCGCUUUUACAGGGCCCCAGAAGUCAUUCUGGGCGCUCGGUACGGGAUGCCAAUUGAUAUGUGGAGCUUAGGUUGCAUCUUAGCGGAAUUACUUACGGGGUACCCUCUCUUGCCCGGAGAAGAUGAAGGGGACCAACUAGCCUGUGUCAUAGAGCUGCUGGGUAUGCCCUCCCAGAAGCUAAUCGAUUCAUCUAAGAGAGCCAAAAAUUUUAUCAGCUCGAAGGGAUUCCCCCGCUACUGCACAGUCACGACUUUACCCGACGCCUCGGUGGUAUUGAAUGGGGGAAGGUCUCGCAGGGGGAAACUUAGAGGUCCACCAGGAAGCAGGGAGUGGGUGACUGCGCUCAAGGGCUGUGAAGACCCCCUGUUCUUGGACUUUCUAAAACAGUGUCUAGAAUGGGACCCGUCCCUGCGUAUGUCCCCGAGUCAGGCCCUCCGCCAUCCUUGGCUCAGAAGACGUUUGCCAAAACCUCCCACUGGGGAGAAAACUACCGUAAAGAGGAUCACUGAGGGUACCGGUGCUAUAACGUCAAUCUCCAAAUUACCUCCCCCUUCUGGCUCGGCCACAAAGUUGAGGACUAACUUGGCACAAAUGACUGACGCCAAUGGGAAUAUACAACAAAGGACAGUGUUGCCAAAACUAGUCAGCUGAACACUAAAUAUGUUUUCUUUUACAUUUAAAUUUGUGCAAAGCUGAGCUUUCAGACGUGUGGCAUUUUUAGGAAUAUUAGGUGUCUUUAAUGCAUAUCCAUCAUCUAUGAACUGCUUUGUAGCACCUUUUGUUGGAUUUUACUAGGAACGCUAAAAUGGCCAAGAAAGGGGGAACAACACUUUUAAGUUUUUAUCUCAGGGCUUGUGUAAAAAGCUGCUUUGGGGAGCAUUCAUUCAUUUUGGUCUAUAAUGACAAACAGUCCCAGGUGGUAUAAUACCAAAAUCAAGUAGCAUUACAAGUAAAAGGCCUUGCUACAUUGAAGAAAUGCAAGAAAAUGUUUUUAUUUGUGCUUUUGAAAUUUUAACCCCUCCCACCCUUAGAUCAUGUCAGAUAAAUAGCACAGUAAUGGAUGAGGAUUACAAAUGCAUUUCACUAAAAGCUAUGCGAUUACAUUUCCAAGCAUCUGCGUUUUCAAUAUCAAGACUAGAUAUUUCAAUAACAGACUUUUAAACUAUAGUAUGAGAUCGUAAUGGAGAUUGGACGUUGUAGACUGUUAUGAGGUAGCAAAGGGAAACAAUGUUUACAUGAUAGACUCGGUAUGUGCCUAUAAAUCUCUUGACAUUCCUUAAAUGAAAUGAAAUGAGGAAAAAAGAGUGUCUACAGUCAGUCGACGGUGAUAAUAGACUGAUGGCAAAUGUAAGGGAACGGUUUGGGUAUGGUUUGACUGAGAAGAUACUGUAUUUAGCAGUACUGACAGGUGUAAUUAUAAGCUAUUCUCUGGAAGAGGUGCUUUUGAGUGCAUAAUGUCCUGGAAGGAGGAUAACUUUGGUGCUUUACCUUUUUUAUGAAGCGUUUUUAUAGCUUGCAACUUAACGCUCAUGGAACAAAACAGUGUUAUUUAAAGAAUUAAACAUUGCUACCAUAGUAAGACUGAAGGUUAGAGUCUUGAAUUGCUUUUUGUCUUUAUUGAUGCGUUUUUGUGGUGACUAGAAGGGCUACAUAUGAAAUAAUAGGAAGACAAGGAUGUUGUUUUUACUUUAAUGCGAGCAGGUAUUGAUGCAAUCUGUAAGACUGUGUUCGAAUGUCAUGCUAGAAUCAAGUCUUGAAUCAAAUGUAUAACCACUUAGACAAUGCCGUUUUUAAUGUUACGUACCCCUAUAUUGUUAUGUACAACAUUGUGUGGACUUGCUAAUAUCAGGCCAGAGUUAAAAUUCUUAAAGGUUGUUCCCUUUUUUUUUUAAAUUGCUACAAAGGUUUUUAAAUACAUAAAUAACAAAUCCAAAACAGUUUUAAUGAUUUGACAUGUAAUGUUUCAUAUUAGAACAUAAACAAAGGCCAUUUUUGUAGCAUUUGUGAAAAAAAUAAUUUGACUGACAUGGGUGUAAAAGUGUUGGUAUAGUUUAACUUAUUUAUUUUCUUUUUAUCGUUUCCCUAUGAAGAGCUAAUAUAAAUGAAACCAGUGGCCUGAACGUGUGCCGUUGGCUCUAUAUCUAAUGUACGUAAUUUGUAAUGCACAACAAAAUCUAUCUGCCACUACUCUGAGACCCGACUCCAGCGGGAACCAGUCCUGCUUGCUGUCAACCAGUCAUGAAUUGUGGGGGUGUGAAAAGUGGUCGAUUAUGGGCUGUCAGGGAGUCCAGCUUAGCUGUAAUGCUCGUGUCGAUCCCCACGCCCCCCUAUCAGUGACUGGCACAGUGCCCAACAAGGGCCUGCUGCACACUGCUCAGGGGCCCGGGCCCCUUUAGAUGCCCGUAGUGCUUUACAGAUGCAAAAGUAUCCUGCCAACAUCAGCAGGCAUUUCAUAAUGUACUUUACACUUUUUUACUCUUCUGUGAAGCAGUGUGCCCUUAGGUGUAAACAAUGUGCCUUUGGUUAUCAAUGCCAUUAAUUUCAUUUUCAAACAACAUUAUACUCCCUUCCACUUACUUUUAAAGGUGAUCCUCUUGCACAUUGCCCAAAGAUACUCCCCAAAUCUCAUUUAAUGGGACUUGGGAGCAAGUGGCCGAGCAGGUUAUACAUCCAGUUCAGACACGUUUUUCUUUAGUCAAUAAUUUUAGAAGAGAAUUCCUUCUCUUUUUCUAACAGGGAUGUCUUAGUACGAGACAACAAUCCUUUCUCAAUGACUAGUGUCUUCACUACUGCAUUCAUGUUGUCUUAACAUCAAGUAUUCAAGGAAAUGACAAUAUAAACGAGAACACAUUUUAAUAUUUUACCUCAGACUGUUGUAAUAUUAUUGUACUUUUUAAACCCAGGGCAUUUGGUAAAUACCAAAGUGCAUUCCUUUCUGUGUUAGUGGCUAUAAGGAAAAGAAGCCAGAUUUUUAUUUUUUACCUGAAUAAGAGACACUCAAUGGCAUAUCUUGAGUAUGAUAAUCUGUGGAGAGAAAGGAUGGGAUCUAUCUGCCAGUAACACCGCCUGCUAUAAAGUCAGAAAGAUGUAGCAUACCUCCAAUCGUGGUUGGAUGUAUCUUUCAAGGAGUUAAAAAAACUGCAACUCCCAGGAACCCACAGCGAGUCAGUUAACAUCCCAGUGUGCAAUACAGCAGUAGCAUCUUGGAGGCAGAUGGAAGUAGAUGGCCGAGAGUUACUUUUUAUGACUUAUGAUAUAAACAUAUGCCCUAACUCUUGAAUCGGUCCUUUGUAAACACAUAUUUAACUGAGGAACAAAGUUGACGUUUGUAUUCAGCCACAGAAACGUACUGUACAUAUGUGAAUUGAGAAUUCAAUGUGGAUGUGUACAUAUGUAUAAUGUUUUUAUUUUGUGAAAUGCUGCUGGAACACUACAUUUAUUGCUGUAGUGGGAGUUUAACAUUGGCGGCCAGUUUUAUGAUACUGUAUGUAUUGUACAGCUGAUGGAAGAAGUUCUUUUCUAGUGAUCUUUGUUAAAUUUUAUUGUUGUGGCUGGAAGAUAUUAAUAAUAAAAGUUUUAAUGUCUCAUCUUUACAAAA